GUUUGUUGGAGUCUACUAGUCUCAGACAGAACGACACCAACUCCCAAUGUGUCAUAUUUCCGCCUUGCUGGCUAAAACAACAAAGCAUUCCCAGCCAGCCUCCCAGCCUUUUUCCAAAAAUUGAGGACGUCGAACGCGAAACCGUGUUGUCCGCAGGCACAAUACAGAAGAAGGUUGCUCGCUUUUGGCAAUACUCUACUACUUUGUAAGAAAGGAAGAAAGAUUAGGAAGAAACUGGGCUCAUAGUAGUUGUCGGAUAGUUGUCAAAAAGUAGGGGAGCUCAAGAUCCAUUGGAUUGUUGCCGAAGUGGAAUCCGAAUCGAAAUCGAUUAGAACAAGUGCCUCCACAAACACCAUUGCCGCGGUAGCGUAGAAAACGGAGAGCCCGAGGCUCAGGACAUUGCGACAAUGGAUGAAUCAUUAAAUGUGACGGGGAUGGCCUACUACGGCAAUGAGACCAUGUUUCCCACGGCUAGUCCAACGGAACAGGAGCCGUUCUUCAAGUAUGAGUGGUGGCAGUACUUCAUCAUCCCGUGGGUAGCAGGUUUGGUUGGAUAUGCUACUAAUGUUCUGGCCCUGGAGAUGACUUUUUAUCCCGUGGAAUUCUUUGGCAUCCUUAUCUUUCGAAUUCCUACAGAGCCUUGGGGUUUGUUUGGCUGGCAAGGGAUUAUCCCUACCAAGGCCCAAAAGAUGGCAUCAGUAUGCUUUGAUCUGAUGACAGAAAAACUCUUCAAUGUCAAGGAGAUCUUCGGCCGUCUUGAUCCUGUCAAGUUCAGUGAAGUCAUGGAAGAUGGCAUGCUCCUGAUCAUGGAUGCCAUCAUCAAUGAUGUAGCAGAGCAGUUCAUGGGGGAUUCAUGGAACAAUCUACCCAAAGAAGUCCGAGAUGAUGUUGUCAUUACGGCAGAAGCCGAUGCCAAUGAAUUCAUGGCCAAUUUCAUGGCUGAUUUGCAAGCUCACUUUGACGACGUCAUGGAUUUGAAGGCAAUGUGUGUUGGAACUUGUGUCAAGAACAAGCACCUUUUGAUCAAAAUUUUCCAAGAAUGUGGUGACAAGGAGUUUGUUUUUAUCCGACGAUCUGGUUUCUACUUUGGUUUCCUAUUUGGUUUGGGACAAAUGGCUCUGUUCUUCUUUUAUGACAAGUCAUGGGUACUUCCAGUGGCUGGGUUCAUUGUUGGUUGGUUUACUAACUUUGUUGCCCUGAAAAUUAUUUUUCAACCGCUGGAACCCAUGAAAUUAUGUGGGUACUCCUUUCAAGGAAUCUUCCUCAAACGACAAAAAGAGGUUUCAGAAAUCUAUGCCCGUGUAAUCUGCACAGAAAUUCUACAUGUCAAGGCCAUGUUUGAUGAUAUUUUUGUGGGGCCUCUAUCCGGUAACUUUUAUGCCAUGCUGAGGGCACAUACAUUGGUUUUUACUGACAAAAUGACUGCGGAACUCAAACCACUAGCCAUCGCGGCUAUGGGAGCUGAACAAUUUGCAGCCAUGAAGGAAGCCAUCGCUCAGAAAGUGCUGGAUGAAAUCCCAAAUAUCAUUGACCAAUCAUAUGAGUAUGCAACUGAAGCCUUGGGAAUUGAAGAGGAAAUGAGGACAAAGAUGAAAGAAUUGACACCUGCUGAGUUUGAGGGUGUUUUGCACCCUUGAGGGUUUUUGCUACAAGUUGUGAGCUAUUACUCUUUAUCAUCUAACUAUUCCCCAACUGUUGUACCUUGAUAUUUCAAUAUCAACAGUUGAGGUUGAUUCUUUCAUACUUUCCUUGCAGGAGUGGAAGCAUGCUGACCUUCCAGAUUGUUGAGGAUCUCAUGAUCCCUCACGAUGUCACACGCCCUCAGAUGCUUUGCCGGCUGCAAGAGCUCCUCCUUGGUCAUGUACUCAGCCUCCCACUGCAUAAUGCUCUCCCUCUGAGACUCGAACAGCUCUCGUGGUUGUGGCUUCGUUGCGAUGUCUCCCAACUGGUACCUGCUUGGGAUCUUGUGUAGAGAGAUCAGCUUCUCUCGAACGUAGCCUCUAAAAUGAUGCAUUUUGACGCAU